UCUUCUGCUCAAGGGCAAAUCGAGGUGCGCCUCUGGCUGCCGCCGCCGCGCACUGCUGCCGAAGACAGCGCAGCGUCCCCUGCGCUCUCCGCGGGCUCCCGGGACCUUUUGUUGUUUGGGAUGAACGCAGAAGACGCGCCGCGUGAAAGGGGCCAGAGCCGGCCCAGCUGUUUAUCGCACCUCUGGCAGCAAAACGACAUGUCGGCGUUUGCUCGGACAAGUGUCUUUUGAGCGCGAAACUUUUGGAUUCUGGGGGGUCAGCCGUCUCCGCUCGGGUGAUUGGGAGUUUUGGGUUCGAGAGGAGAUGCGAGCGUCGACGUGAAGACAUGGAUUUUACGCGGAGGGCUUGGUCCUUCUUCCUGCUGAAACCCAAAGAAUGUCACUCUGAAAACGAUGCUUUAAAUCUCGGAGUUUCGUAUAAGAAGUAAAUUCUAGUACAGGACGAUCAGGAUGAAAAGAUGGCAGCCACGCUGUUACCAACGGGUCCUGACGGCUUGCGGCGGUUCACUCGCGAAUCCCUGGCUGCCCUGGAGCGGCGGGUGGCGGAGGAGCAGGCCAAGAGCUCCAAGGAUUGCACCGAGGCUCAGAAGAACGCCGAGGCGGCCAAACCCCGCGCCGACCUGGAGGCGGGCAAGCAGCUGCCGCGCAUCUUCGGCGACGUCCCUCCAGAGCUCGUCGGGGUUCCACUGGAGGACAUCGAUCCCUUCUACUACAAGAACCAGAAGACUUUUAUAGUACUUAACAAGGGGAAAGCCAUCUUCAGAUUCAGCGCCACGUCUGCACUUUACAUAUUAAGUCCAUUCCACUUCAUCAGAUCGAUUGCCAUAAAAAUCUUAGUCCAUGCGUUGUUUAGCUAUUUCAUAAUGUUCACCAUCCUGACCAACUGUUUCUUCAUGGCCAUGUCCGAUCCGCCAACAUGGACCAAAUACCUGGAGUACACCUUCACUGGCAUCUACACUUUCGAGUCGGCAAUAAAGAUUUUCGCGAGAGGGUUUUGUUUAGUGCCGUUCACCUUCCUGAGAGACCCGUGGAACUGGCUCGACUUCAUCGUCAUCAUCAUGGCAUACGUCACUGAAUUUGUCGACCUCGGGAAUGUCUCUGCGUUAAGAACCUUCAGAGUACUGAGAGCUCUGAAAACCAUCUCGGUCAUUCCAGGUCUGAAGACCAUUGUGGGCGCUCUGAUCCAGUCUGUGAGGAAGCUGGCCGACGUGAUGAUCCUGACCGUCUUCUGCCUCAGCGUGUUCGCCCUCAUCGGGCUGCAGCUCUUCAUGGGUCUCCUGCGACAAAAGUGCGUCCGGAACCUCGAUCACUGCAUCAACUCCUCGUACACCCCCAACACCACCUUCAUCUGCAACAACCGGACCUGGAGUUCGCCGGACGACUUUCUCACCAACGAGGAUAAUUUCUACAAAGUUGAAGGGCAGAAGGAUGCUUUAAUAUGUGGAUAUGGAAGCGAUGCAGGGAAGUGCCCGGAUGGAUUUGAUUGCCUCAAAGUGGGAAAAAACCCAAACUACGACUACACCAGUUUUGAUACCUUCGGUUGGGCUUUUCUGGCACUUUUCCGACUCAUGACCCAAGACUAUUGGGAGGAGCUCUUUCACCAGACUCUGCGCUCAGCAGGAAAAACCUACAUGGUUUUCUUUGUGCUGGUGAUCUUCCUUGGCUCCUUCUAUCUGGUGAACCUGAUCCUGGCCGUGGUGGCCAUGGCCUACGAGGAGCAGAACCAGGCGACCAUUGCUGAGGCCUGGCAGAAAGAGAGGGAGUUCCAGCUGGCCAUGGAGCAUCUCAGACGAGAGCAAAGAUUGGCAGCCAAAAGACAAGCACAGGAGACCGACUCCGUUGUGUCGCCGGAGUUAUCGCCAUUCUGUCUGAAAGCAGGAAGUAUACGCCGCAGCAGCAGUAGAAGAAGAAGAUCUCACAGGACUCUUUCAGAGGAGACAGCAGCUGAAGCUGCUGAGGAGAGGCUGGAGCCAGUGGAUGAAAUUGUGCCUCCUCUGUCCCCUCUGCCAGUCCACCCUCUGCUGGCCACGCUCUCCUCUCACCCCCUCAGCACCAGGAGAGCCAGCCAGAACAGCAUCUUCAGCUCCUUCCGCCCUCGCAACAACUCGGAGGCUGACUUCGCAGACGACGAGUACAGCGUCCACGGGGACGUCUUCAGGAGUCGUGCCAGUUCGACCGCAACGCCCUGGAAGAAGAGGACAGGCAGCGUUAGAAGCCACUGCUCCCAGGUGUUGACCCCCAGCCUCAACAUCAACGGACGACUCAACGUCUUGCUGGACAAGAACGGCAUUGCCACCAUGGGUCUGCUCACCCCGACGUGCAUGCCGGCUCACAGCAUGGAGAAGUUCAAGGACGAAACAAAGCCAUGCAGUGGAGCGGACCCAGCUCCCAGACCUCUGCUGCAGCCUUCGCCCAGCGUCACGGAGCGGUGCUCUGUGCGCAGGAAACGAGCUCACAGCUCCUUCAGCUUCUUCAGCGACGCCAUGGAGGAGCUGGAGGAAUCGAGGCAGAAGUGCCCCCCUUGCUGGUACGCCUUCGCCAAGAAGUAUUUAAUAUGGGACUGCUGCCCCUGGUGGCUGAAGUUAAAGGAGUGUGUGAAGUUCAUGGUGAUGGAUCCCUUCCUGGAUCUGGGGAUCACCAUAUGUAUUGUGCUGAACACUCUGUUCAUGGCUCUGGAGCAUUACCCCAUGACUGAUGAGUUCAACACCAUGCUGUCAGUGGGCAACCUGGUUUUCACAGGGAUCUUUACAGCUGAGAUGGUGUUGAAGCUCGUUGCCCUGGACCCUUAUUACUACUUCCAGCAGGGCUGGAACAUCUUCGACGGCGUCAUCGUCUGCCUCAGUCUGAUGGAGCUGGGCCUUUCCACCGUAGAGGGACUGUCUGUCCUGCGCUCUUUCAGACUGCUAAGAGUGUUUAAGCUGGCAAAGUCCUGGCCUACUCUCAACACUCUCAUCAAGAUCAUUGGGAACUCUGUGGGCGCCCUGGGGAACCUGACGCUGGUGCUGGCCAUCAUUGUUUUCAUCUUCGCCGUGGUGGGCAUGCAGCUGUUUGGCAAGAACUACCAAGACUGUGUGUGUAAGAUCGCCUUUGACUGCCAGCUGCCCCGCUGGCACAUGAAGGACUUCUUCCACUCCUUCCUGAUCGUGUUCCGGGUGUUGUGCGGCGAGUGGAUCGAGACCAUGUGGGACUGCAUGGAAGUGGCUGGGCAGCCUCUCUGCAUCCUGGUGUUCAUGUUGGUCAUGGUCAUAGGGAACCUGGUGGUGCUCAAUCUGUUUCUUGCCCUGCUGCUCAGCUCCUUCAGCUCCGACAACCUCUCCGCUCCCGAAGAAGACGGCGACCUGAACAACAUCCAGGUCGCCAUCGGCCGCGUCCACACCGGCCUGUCGUGGCUCUGUGGGAGCAUCGUUAACCUCUUCAGACACGGCUUCAGGAGUCAAAAGCAGAAGGCCAAAGAGGCCGUUCAGGCUGAGAAGAUGGUCGGAAAUCACAUAGAAAGCAACGGGGGGAUAAUCGGAAGCUACGGAGAAAAGUACAUCCUUCCUGAAGAGGAUAGUUAUAUGACCAACCCCAACCUGACUGUCGUGGUUCCCAUAGCUCCUGGAGAGUCCGAUGUGGAGUUUCUGGAGGAGGAAAAUUCAGAGUCAUCAGAGGAUGAGGACAACAAACCGGAGAAGAUCAGCCUUUCGGAGGGCAGCACCGUGGACAUGAGGAAGCCUGGAGAGGAGGAAGAUGACCUAUCGGAGCUGGAUGAUGACAGUAUAGAGCCGGAGGAUUGCUUCCCAUACUUGUGUCUGAGGCACUGUCCGUGCUGCGACAUCGACACCAGCCGCGGCCUGGGCCAAGCCUGGUGGAGGCUGAGGAAGACCUGCUACCAGAUCGUAGAACACAGCUGGUUUGAGACCUUCAUCAUCUUCAUGAUCCUGCUCAGCAGCGGGGCUCUGGCGUUUGAAGAUAUCUACAUCGAGAGGAGAAAAGUCAUUAAAGUGAUGUUGGAGUACGCCGACAAAGUCUUCUCCUACAUCUUUGUCCUGGAAAUGUUCCUCAAGUGGAUAGCAUAUGGCUUCAAGAAAUAUUUCACCAACUACUGGUGCUGGCUCGACUUCCUCAUUGUGGAUGUGUCUCUGAUAAGCUUGGUUGCAAAUUCACUGGGAUAUUCGGACUUCUCCGCCAUCAAGUCACUGCGAACCCUCCGGGCCUUGAGGCCUCUCAGAGCACUGUCCAGAUUUGAGGGCAUGAGGGUGGUGGUGAAUGCCCUCAUAGGAGCCAUCCCCUCCAUUAUGAACGUGCUUCUCGUGUGUCUUAUCUUCUGGCUCAUCUUCAGCAUCAUGGGAGUCAACCUGUUUGCUGGCAAGUUCGGGAAGUGCGUGAACAGAACGGGCUUUAUCCACAGCAUCUCUGUGGUCAACAACAAGUCCGACUGUCUUGCAAUGAAUGACACGCAGUUCUACUGGACAAAGGUGAAGGUCAACUUUGACAAUGUUGGCCUCGGCUACCUUUCCCUUCUGCAAGUGGCGACGUUUAAAGGAUGGAUGGAAAUAAUGAAUGCCGCCGUUGAUUCAAGAGGAGUGGAGGAGCAACCCAGCAGAGAAAUCAACCUCUACAUGUACAUCUACUUUGUUGUCUUCAUCAUAUUUGGCUCUUUUUUUACCCUCAACCUCUUCAUCGGGGUCAUCAUUGACAAUUUCAAUCAGCAGAAGAGAAAGUUAGGUGGACAGGAUAUUUUCAUGACCGAGGAACAAAAGAAGUACUACAAUGCAAUGAAAAAGUUGGGAUCGAAGAAGCCUCAAAAGCCAAUACCGAGGCCUGCGAACAUUCUCCAAGCCUUCUUCUUCGAUCUGGUGUCCAAGCAAGCCUUCGACAUCAUGAUCAUGAUGCUCAUCAUCGUCAACAUGGUGACCAUGAUGGUGGAAACCGACGAGCAGUCGGAGCGAAUGGAGUCUGUUCUCAACAUCAUCAACCUGGUCUUCAUCGUUAUCUUCACAACUGAAUGCCUGAUUAAGCUCUUUGCUCUCCGAUGUUACUUCUUCACUGUUGCAUGGAACAUUUUUGACUUUGUGGUUAUCAUUCUUUCUAUUAUUGGGAUUGUCCUCGCUGAUAUCAUUGAGAAGUACUUUGUAUCUCCAACGCUGUUUCGAGUCAUCAGACUGGCCAGGAUAGGACGUGUACUUCGACUUAUCCGUGCAGCCAAAGGAAUAAGGACUUUACUGUUUGCCUUAAUGAUGUCCAUGCCAGCACUGUUCAACAUUGGCCUCCUGCUUUUUCUCGUAAUGUUCAUCUACGCCAUCUUUGGCAUGGCGAACUUUGCCUACGUGAAGAAGCAAGAUGGGAUCGAUGACAUGUUUAACUUUGAGACCUUUGGGAACAGUAUCAUCUGCCUUUUUCAGAUCAGCACCUCAGCAGGCUGGGACAACCUCCUGAGCCCCAUAAUGUCAAGCCCCCCCGAGGAGUGUGACAUCAACUUUAUCAACACUGGCACCAACGCCCGCGGAAACUGCGGGAACCCGUCGGUGGGCAUUGCUUUCUUUGUGAGCUACAUCAUCAUUUCUUUUCUCAUCGUGGUAAAUAUGUACAUAGCCAUCAUCCUGGAGAACUUCAGCGUUGCCACCGAGGAGAGCACAGAACCUCUGAGCGAGGAUGACUUCGAAAUGUUCUAUGAGGUCUGGGAGAAGUUUGACUCCGAGGCCACUCAGUUCAUAGAGUUCUCGAUGCUGGAGAGGUUUGCCGAUGCGCUGUCGGAACCGCUGCGGAUCGCGAAGCCCAACAAGAUCCAGCUGAUCUCCAUGGACCUUCCUAUGGUGAGCGGGGACAAGAUCCACUGCCUGGACAUCCUGUUUGCGUUCACAAAACGCGUACUGGGGGAGUCGGGUGACAUGGACACCCUCAAGCAGCAGAUGGAGGAGAAGUUCAUGAUGACCAACCCAUCUAAGGUCUCCCACGAGCCCAUCACUUCGACGCUGCGCCGUAAAAUGGAGGAGGUGUCUGUGGUCAUCAUCCAGAGGUGCUACAGGAGGCAUCUGGUGCGGCGGCAAAUGAAGCAGGCGUCUUACAUCUACAGACAAAUCAACUACGAGACGGUGGUGGAUGUGGACAACGCUCCAGAGACGGAGGGGCUCAUAGCUUCCAUGAUACAGCACUUCGCUCCUGUAGCGAUACAAGUCAAACAGACAGUGGAGGACUCGCUGUUGUCCUCACCGCCAUCUUACGAUAGCGUGACUCGGGGGGCCGGUGUAAGCCCCUCUGCUACAGUCAGAACCGCAUCUAGAGGCCCCGAAGCCCAGGACCCGACUGAAAACUACGAGGAAACAUUUCUUUGAGACGGCAUCGAGGCGGAUUGAAUUGAUUGAGCAAUAAUUCAUGCUAAACUGAUUUUUUUAAUGGUUUUGUAAGACGCAGAGGAUAUAUGCGAUAUUUUUUAAAGUACAGUAGCUCACAGCCACUAUUUUAGUAGAAAGACAAUCCUGAAUAAAUGUAACCUUCACAUUGACAAUAGGUUCUAUAGUUCAUAUUUUUCAAAACGCCUCUGGGAAAGUUGUAGGGAUGUUUUUGGUUACUCUUACGGUGAGAUGAGGGCCAGUAUUUAAAUUACAAACUAUAUCAGAACAGUGAACCACUCCAGUUUUUACAUGCAAGGGUGCUUAUAGGUUACAGGCAGUCUCAUUCUACUGUUUUAUACUCUACAGAAUAACUUAUCUGCACUUUAAUCAAAACACUGGAUGGUCAUUUUGUUGAUUGUAUUAAAACGUAAGUUCUUUAAUUAAUAGCAGUCCUCUAAAUUUUCCCAUUCAUUUAGCGCUCAUAAAUCUGAGAUAUUAGAGCAUUUUCAAUGUAAAGCGAUAAUGCUGGAUGCAAAGUGCUUUACGAUGCAUUCCUCCAUUUUGUUCAGAUCUCCGUUGUUAGGUUGCCUUCUCCUUGGUUGCUGUGACUUGUACGAAAUCCAAAAAUGCUGAACGUUCAAACUUUCAAGCACAUCUGUAUCAACUAAACGUAAAUGCUUUGUCAAAAAAAAUAUGCAUGGUGAUCAAGUUCUCAUUUGCAUUUUUUUUUUAUUAUUUCUCAGAUUUCUCACAUCUUUUUGCAUUAGUAGAAUGUAGUUCCAACCUUUGAGCAGUAGAUUUUACAUAAGUCUAGACAAAAGCUGUAUAAUUAUCUAGGAGGCAUCCGGUUCAUGAGGCAUGAAUGCUUUUGAACGGCUCUGUAGAUGAUUGUUGUGUCAUCUCAGCCUGGGAAAAUCUGACUGCAAGUUGAGGCUGCUGCCUGUACUUCAUCUGAAAACCCAAAUGUAAACUCUGGACAUCAAAAGUCAAAACAGGUUGAUAAGAGAAGCAGGAACAGAAUGAAGUGGUGUAAGGAUUUUUUUUUUAUUAUUGUCAUACCACCUUGCUUGUUUUGUUACGAAAUUCGGACUCAGGUCCCAGAUUAAGAAAUUUACUAUAAAACCCCAAACAGAGUAAUUUCUGUUAAAUGGAAAAGAAAGACCAGUAUUUAUUAAUCUACACAACACCAUCAAUAUCAAGCAACCUUAAAGCACUUUGUUUCAAUCCAAACAAUAACGUGAAGAUUGUUCAAAUUGUUUCUACCACUGUUUUUAAUACAGGAUACAAAGGCAAAAGCUUUUAAAUACUAUCUGAUUCCAGACAAUAUUUAGAGUUGGCUAAUGUUGACUUAAUGGUGGAAUUUCAGCUGAAUCAAAUAUUUGUCCACGAUAAAGUUUAAUAAUUUAUGUUAAGGCUAAACAGAUGGAUAUUUAUCUAUUAAAAAAAUUUCUUUUUUUAGAAUUUCAGAUUUGACAUAUCCAGUUGAUAUUUUGUUUUCAACUCUUAAGAAAUGGGUUACAUUGUUAACUUCAAAAAUAUACAAAUAAAUUAUGUUUUUUUUUCUUCUUGGGACUGGAAAAAGAAGCACAAUCCUUGCUGUGUAGUCAUCAUGCUUACUUCAGAGAACAGGGUGGAUUUUGUGAUAUUUACCACAUCGAUAAACGAAGGAGUGUCUGUUGUUAGGCAGGGUCGCGUGUGCUGACGACCCCUAAUUCAUGUGCCUGAUUUUGACCGUUGCCCGCACACUCCUCUGGAUCUCUUUAGGCUGCUUAAUUUGAUCAGAUGGGUGUGGAUUUUUGGAGUGAAGUGAAUGCACUGAGAGCAAACUUUUAUAAGCUUGUGAAGAGGUUUAAGGCUAAUUUCUAGCUUUUUGUUUUGUCUUUUUUUGUAAUGUGUUUCUGAUUAAAAAAAACAACAAAAAACGGUGGUUCAUUAUGACCAUAGCUAGGUACAAUCAGACGACGUUAAAAAAAAAUAAAAAAUCUAGGCUCAUUUUUUUUUGUAUGCAAUAUUUUAUCCUUCAGAAGAUGAUUGUCUGUAUCGCAUUUAUGAGAAGUUAUUCAUGGGUUGUUUUAUUCGGUUGUAAUAAAACUCUUUUCUCAUAUCUGCAGCCUGUGAGUAAAUGUUGCGGGAGAAGCUGGUUAGAUGAC